AUGGGAUGUCAUUAAGCAAAGAUUAAAGAGUAAAAAUAAAUAACAGAAUCAUAAAUUAAGAUAAAAAUUGAAAGUGUAACAAUCUAAUACUAUUAUAGCUCAAAUAAUAUGCUAUAUUAAAAAAAAAUUAAGAUAUAUCUAAAAUACUUGAAUAAGAGUAAUAAUUAAAUCAGCUAUUAAAGAGUAAUUUAAGGAAUAAAGAUUAAGAAUAUGCAUUAUUUUCUAAACUGAGUUAACAAAUUAAAUAUCUAGAAACUAUUAAUUUCAUUAUUGUUUAUUGUUAAAUAUUAUCAGAUUAAGUUCUUAAAAUUUUGAGAUGCUAAGGUAAAACUAAUAGUCUUUAAGAAUUAAUGAUUUAUAUAGAAAGUGUUAUAUAUGCUUCUGAUAAGUUGAACUUGAAGCAAGCAGAAGAAUUUAAUUUAUAUUUUUUAUUCUAUUUCAAAUUAGAUGUAAAUAAUUUAAGAAAUGUUAAUCCAAAAAUUACAUAGAUGUUUUAAUCCUUAUUUCCUAAUUCUUAUGAAAUCAAUGAUUAUGCUAAAAGUUUUGCAAAUAAAUAUGGAAUUAGUGAAAUUGAACUUAAUUAAGUUGGACAUCAAUUUAUACUAAAUAAUAUAAUUUCAUAAUAAAUUAAUAAUUCUAAUAAUUUUGAUUUUUCAUCAAAAAAUCCUUAUGAAAAUCUUGAAAUAAAUGAUGAAAAUAAAAAUAAUAAUUUUAAUCUGUGUUCAAUAUCAGUGAAACAUAAUAAAAAAAGGAUUUUAGAUUUAAAAAAUUGA